AGGAGGAGAGAGACAGAGAUACACAAUGGAUCAAGAAAAGUAAAACAGAGUGAUCUAAUUUCUAUCUCUCUGCAUGUCCCUGCAUGUUCGAACCAUAGCUAGUUUAAUUUGAUUCAUUAUAUAUUUCGACAAAAAAAGACAAAAUCUGCUCUCCUUUUCACUAGUAUCCAAUUAAAAAUAUUGAGCAAUGAUGAAAUCCAUGUUGAGAAAAUAUUCAUCACUUUGAUCCCGAAAGAAGAAGAAGAAUUAUAUAAUGAAGGCAUUGGAAGCAACCGUAAGGAAAACACAAUUGGUAGCCAGAAAACGAGCACACACAAUUUUCGGCACGUAUGGACCAACUCAGGUAGAUGAAGAGCUCAAUAAUAAAGAAAAAGAAGAAGAAAAUACUAACGAAGGACAUGCUAAUGGAGAAUUAUAUCAUUCAGAAAAAUUUCUUCCAAAUGGAGAUUAUUAUACUGGAUAUUGGCUCGAUAAUGUACCUCAGGGACAAGGAAAAUAUUGGUGGACAGAUGGAUGUAUGUACGUAGGAGAGUGGUAUAGAGGCAAAAUGAUGGGAAAAGGUAUAUUUAGUUGGCCAUCUGGUGCAAUGUAUGAAGGUAAUUUCAAGAAUGGUUAUAUGGAUGGAAAUGGAACAUAUACAGCACCAAAUGGAGAUACAUUUAGAGGUUGUUGGUUAAUGGAUUUGAGACAUGGACAUGGUGUUAAAGAAUAUGCAAAUGGUGAUUGUUAUGAUGGGGAAUGGUGUAGAGGAUUACAACAAGGAAAUGGGAAAUAUACAUGGAAAAAUGGGAAUUAUUAUAUUGGUGAAUGGGAAAAUGGUACAAUUUGUGGGAAUGGGAAAUUGUAUUGGAGUAAUGGGAAUUUAUAUGAAGGAAAUUGGGAAGAUGGAUUGCCUAAGGGGAAAGGGACAUUUAGAUGGGGUGAUGGGAGUUAUUAUGUUGGUAAUUGGAGUAGAGAUCCAGAUGAAUUAAAUGGUACAUUUUAUCCAUCUGAAUCUUUAUUAGAAAGAGGGAAUUUUGAAUGGGAUCCUCAACAAGUUUUCAAUGUUGAUUUGAUGGGAUGUACAAUUUCUCCAAAUGAGAAGGUUUCAAUAUUGCCUUCACAGAAAAAACUCGCGGUUAGGAUAUCAUCGAAGCCUGGGGACAACAACGGUAGUAGGGCGAGGAGGAUGUCGAUAGAUGCAGCAGUAGAUAAGGAAUUUGGUAGAAUGGAGUUAUCAGAUGGAAUAGGAACAACUACUACUACAAGUAAUUCUUGUUCAGAUAUUGAAGCCAUGGUUAGUUUGCAAGAAGCUGAAGGAUAUAAAGGAGGUAGUCCUAUUAGAAUUCCUAAGGUUGUUAAAAGGCAAGGAGUCACCAUUUCUAAAGGGCAUAAAAAUUAUGAACUUAUGCUCAAUUUGCAGUUGGGAAUCAGGCAUACAAUACAAAAGCUUGGUCCUGUUCCAACACUUGAUCUGGAGCCAUCAGCUUUUGAUCCAAAAGAGAAGUACUGGACAAGAUUUCCGCCUGAAGGAUCCAAGCAUACGCCGCGUCAUCAGUCUUGUGAUUUCAGAUGGAAAGAUUAUUGCCCAAAAGUUUUCAGGGCUUUAAGGAUGUUAUUUAAGGUGGAUGCAACGGAGUAUAUGCUGUCCAUUUGUGGCCCUCUCAGAGAGCUAAGCUCUCCAGGAAAAAGUGGAAGCUUUUUUUACUUGACAAAUGACGAUAGAUACAUGAUCAAGACAAUGAAAAAGGCAGAAGUAAAGGUACUUAUAAGGAUGCUCAACGCUUAUUACAAUCAUUUUCGUUCUUUUGAGAACACCCUUGUGACUAAGUACUAUGGCCUGCAUUGCCUGAAGCUAAAUGGACCAGCUCAAAAGAAGGUCCGGUUCGUGAUCAUUGGCAAUCUUUUCUGCACCAAUUACACUAUUCAUAGACGGUUCGACUUGAAAGGAUCAACUUUUGGCAGAAUAACAGAUAAACCAGAAUCAGAAAUUGAUACAACAACUACUCUUAAAGAUCUUGAUCUGAACUUCAUAUUCAGGCUACAAAAAUCAUGGUUUGAAGAAUUCAGGAGGCAAGUUGAUAGGGAUUGUGAGCUGUUGGAACAGGAAAGAGUGAUGGACUACAGUCUUUUAGUUGGUGUUCAUUUUAGAGAAGGAAAUGCUACUGGUACUGGAUAUCAAACUCCUUCUGGUUGUAAAACACCUAUUGAAAAUGGCAGCUCAGAAAUUGAACCAGUUCAUCGGUUUUCUCGAUCAGAUGUGGAUCUAUUACUUCUUAAUGCUGCAGGGUUGACAAGCACAAGUUUGGGAGUAAACAUGCCUGCAAGAGUUGAAAGGACAAACAGGAAAAAUGAUUUGGACUUUCAGCUAAUAGGAGAACCAACAGGAGAGUUAUAUGAAGUGACAUUAUAUUUUGGAAUAAUAGACAUACUUCAAGACUAUGACAUUACCAAAAAGCUUGAACAUGCAUAUAAGUCUAUCCAAUGUGACCCAAACUCAAUCUCAGCAGUUGAUCCAAUGGCAUACUCCAGGCGAUUUCGCGAUUAUAUAUUCAAAGUUUUUGUAGAGGACAAGGUAAGGCUGCGUACAAUAAAUCAUUGUGGUCUGGCACUUCCCCGAACCCCGCGCAUAGCGGGAGCUUCGUGCACCGGGCUACCCUUUUACUAUGUCAAUUUAGCAGUUAUUUCAAGAUCACUUAAACGGCACUUGCAGUUAACUCUAUAUGAUAAACAUUUAUCAGUAGCUUGGAAUAAAUGGCAUACAAUACAAAAGCUUGGUCCUGUUCCAACACUUGAUCUGGAGCCAUCAGCUUUUGAUCCAAAAGAGAAGUACUGGACAAGAUUUCCGCCUGAAGGAUCCAAGCAUACGCCGCGUCAUCAGUCUUGUGAUUUCAGAUGGAAAGAUUAUUGCCCAAAAGUUUUCAGGGCUUUAAGGAUGUUAUUUAAGGUGGAUGCAACGGAGUAUAUGCUGUCCAUUUGUGGCCCUCUCAGAGAGCUAAGCUCUCCAGGAAAAAGUGGAAGCUUUUUUUACUUGACAAAUGACGAUAGAUACAUGAUCAAGACAAUGAAAAAGGCAGAAGUAAAGGUACUUAUAAGGAUGCUCAACGCUUAUUACAAUCAUUUUCGUUCUUUUGAGAACACCCUUGUGACUAAGUACUAUGGCCUGCAUUGCCUGAAGCUAAAUGGACCAGCUCAAAAGAAGGUCCGGUUCGUGAUCAUUGGCAAUCUUUUCUGCACCAAUUACACUAUUCAUAGACGGUUCGACUUGAAAGGAUCAACUUUUGGCAGAAUAACAGAUAAACCAGAAUCAGAAAUUGAUACAACAACUACUCUUAAAGAUCUUGAUCUGAACUUCAUAUUCAGGCUACAAAAAUCAUGGUUUGAAGAAUUCAGGAGGCAAGUUGAUAGGGAUUGUGAGCUGUUGGAACAGGAAAGAGUGAUGGACUACAGUCUUUUAGUUGGUGUUCAUUUUAGAGAAGGAAAUGCUACUGGUACUGGAUAUCAAACUCCUUCUGGUUGUAAAACACCUAUUGAAAAUGGCAGCUCAGAAAUUGAACCAGUUCAUCGGUUUUCUCGAUCAGAUGUGGAUCUAUUACUUCUUAAUGCUGCAGGGUUGACAAGCACAAGUUUGGGAGUAAACAUGCCUGCAAGAGUUGAAAGGACAAACAGGAAAAAUGAUUUGGACUUUCAGCUAAUAGGAGAACCAACAGGAGAGUUAUAUGAAGUGACAUUAUAUUUUGGAAUAAUAGACAUACUUCAAGACUAUGACAUUACCAAAAAGCUUGAACAUGCAUAUAAGUCUAUCCAAUGUGACCCAAACUCAAUCUCAGCAGUUGAUCCAAUGGCAUACUCCAGGCGAUUUCGCGAUUAUAUAUUCAAAGUUUUUGUAGAGGACAAUUAACGAGAGGAAUAUACUACUUGUUUUUCUUUUCUCAAUUUGAUGGGAGGACUCCAACAAUUUUAAUUGGCUGUUGAAGCUUUGAAGAAACUUAUGCUUCAUGGAAUUUUGUCAUUUUUAUCAUCAUAGAUAUACACUAAUUUAAUAGCAAUUGUAUAGAGAAAUUAACUUUGUUUUGAUACUUAGUACCUUUUGUCAAUUAA